UACAGCAAACACUACUGCUGGUUCUUGACAAACAGGCCAAAAAUAUUAUUACGACUUUGAAUUUGCGAGCGCGUGUAGACAAAACAAGAACAAUUUUAAUUUGGUAAUUUCUGUGCUUGAGUAUACUUCAUAAAAAGCGAAAUCGUCCAAUUUUAAAAUGAAUUCACUUCUAUUUUGCUAUUCAUUUGUUAUUGGGUUUUCAUUUUCUGUCGCUCGUUUCGAAAGGCAUCAUAGUUCACUAGAUGUGAAACCGAUUGCAGAAAACGGAUCCAACUAUUUCGUUGGUAAGAAGGAUGCUUUGAAUUAUAUGCUCGAUGUGAAUGAUGACGUUCAGAACUUUGUGCUAGUUGAGUGUGAUAAACUAAAAUUUUCAAUGGAACAAAUCAUGAAUUUGGGCAAAAGCAUCCACUUUCUGGCUCUUAACGACAACGAGACCCUUCAACUUAAUCCAUUACACUCCUAUUUGGUAUAUACCAAUGGCGUGUGCGACGAUUUGCGUAAUCACAUGUUACACUUUGCGGACGAGCGUUAUGAUCAGUACAUCGCCGGCGUACCAUACAAUCUGAGCACGGACCAAAUUCUACGGUUGGGAAGUCCAAGCAGAUUAGAUUGGGCGGUUGCUGUGACUGAGGAAAACUUAGCGACAAUUAAAUCAAUCUUCGCGAAAAAUGAAACGAAAAUUGCCAUUGAAUUGGCUGAACUGAAAAAACUGAAGAUUUCUCUCGAAAUAAUCAAGUUAUCCUCUUCAGUAAAGGAAAUUCAAUUGGGCAUCGAACCUUUUAUAAGUAUAACGAAAAUUAAGAACGAUUUUUUGAAAAACAUCGAAAAAAUGGCCGACGAUUUGGAGAAACAUGUACGAGACGUUCUGAAAUUAGAUGAUUUAUUGGGAAAAAUCCAAAAGUGCAUUGAAUCCAUUGUCAAUGCUCAGAAAGGGAUUCCAUUGGAAUUGGCCGUAUCAUUUAUCGUCUAAAACUUUGAAUAAUUGUAUUUUUAUCGAUUAGCAUAAUUGAUGUUUGAUGAUAGAUGCUUGUAUGGAUAAAUUCCAAUUUUGAAAUUGAAUAAAUUAAUGA